AUGGAUGUCUCGGACCCUCAAGGCGGCGAGGGGGGAGACAGAUUCAGCGACGACGAACAACAAUCCCCUCAGUCACCGCGCAAGCUGCCCGAUGACCUUCCGAAGUCCCUGGACGACCGACGCACCUUUUCCAGCUAUGGCGGCGAGACUGAAAUGUACGAUGCCUGGCAAGGUUCAUCACAAUAUCUAACCACACCGACACCAGCCAAACCCCUUGCAUUUGAUCUCCGUCUCGAUACACCCUCCUACGAUGAUGAAGAAACUGCUGCUCAGAUGCAAGACAGCGACGCCCGCCUGAGGGAGAUGCUAGCAGUGCAGGCACAACAUUACCAAGAAGAUGGGCCUAAUUCAGCAGAAGCGGAGGACGCUGUGACUAUUGACGACAAGCUGUCAAGAGAGGAGAAGACGAGCGUGCUGCAAAAAAGCUUGAUCAUGGCGGCAAGCAACGGUAACGUAAAUCGUGUAAACCGGCUCGUCAAUGGUGCAGCCAAAGAAUUCGUGGACGUCAAUGCUUUGGAUGACGACGGUACAGGGGCGUUGGUCUAUGCAAGCUGUUUUGGGCAUCAAGAAGUCGUUUCGGCGCUGCUUGAUGCUGGAGCUUUGGUCGAUCAGCAAGACAGGAAUCAGUGGAGUCCGCUCAUGUGGGCGAUGACAAACCGGCACAAGACAAUCGCAAAGAUCCUGCUUGAUCAUGGGGCCAAUCCAGAUAUCAAGUCUAAUUCUGGUGGCACGGCUUAUGACUUUGUUCAGCCCGGAAGCGAGCUCUCCGAGUAUUUGCAUGAUAAUGGAUAUCGUCUACGAGAGACUGCGCAGCUUGGUGAUGACUUUUACGACAGUGGUGGUUUUGGACAGGACAAAUUCGAGGAAGAAUUGGCCGAGAACGAACUCAAAAGACGAAUGCUCAUGAAAGAGAGUGCCGCCAACUUAGAGGUCGACCUGUCAACGCUCGGAUUUGAUGAAUCUCCCGAAGCUCCUUUUGAGCCGGACGAGGAAGAGGAAGAAUUUGUCUGGGACAGAUGUGUUGGAGAUCAAAUGUUUGUCUUCCAGAAUGGCGAUCUACAUCGAAUUCUUGAGCUGAUCAUAACUAACAUGACGCCCCAACGUUCACCUUCUCAAAAACCGGUUCCGGCAAAUCUGCUGUUCUUGAUGGCAAGAUAUGCGCAUUACCACAUGACAGGAUCUUUGCUAGAAGAGCUUCUAUCCGCUGCCAUGGAUAAGAUCAAUGAUGUGGUGGAGCGGCAGCAAUGGGACAUGACCAUGUUGGCUUUCUGGAUUUCUAAUGCCACACUCUUACUUCACUAUCUCAAGAAAGAUGCGGGUCUGUUGCAGGCAACGACAAAAAUGCAACUCGAGCUCGCUGAGCUAAUCAACGAAAUCUUUAUCCUCAUCAUCAGAGACGCAGAACGGCGAAUGAACAAAGUUCUUGAAACUGCCAUGCUAGAUCAUGAAACUAUCCCUGGCUUGACAGACGACAUCCACUUCCAAGGCGAAUGGAAUGUCUUCAAGUCGAAAUCAAAAACCAAAGAUGUUCCACCAGAAAAACGAUUUCGGCCACCGUCACCCAAGCGGAGAGCGCAAACAUCACCUCGAAACAUCACAUCCCUACUCUCAUCCACGUUAUUCGUUCUUGACUUAUACGACGUCCACUCAGUCAUCAUAUCACAGAUACUUGCUCAACUUCUCUACUGGCUGGGGGCCGAACUCUUCAAUCGCGUCAUGACUACCAAACGCUUUCUCUCCCGCACCAAAGCAAUGCAGAUCCGUAUGAAUGUGUCCCAGUUGGAAGACUGGGCUCGCUCCAAUAACCGUCAACCAGAACAUUACGAGAAUGGUUCCACGAUUUCGACAGGUGAAAACACCGUUGAAGCUGCACGACGCCAUCUCAGUCCUGUCAUUCAACUGCUCCAAUGGUUACAGUGCUUCACCAGCUUAGGCGAAGAUCGCGAGAGUCUUGUAGCAACGCUAGAACAAUUGGGUAGACUUACCCCAACGCAAUUGAUUCACGCUGUCAAAUCAUAUCGCUCCGAAGUAGGCGAGAAGAGCCUACCCAAAGCACAUAUGAAGUUUCUUGUGCAGCUUCAGAAAGGACAGGAAGGUCUAAUCAGGAGACCACGUACACCCAUCUCUCAAGCGCCACAGAUUACCUCUACCCCAUCAACACCCGUCAAAUCCGAAGCUCAUACAUUCACAUCCACAUUCACAUCCACAUUCACACCAGCAUCUACAACCAUCACGUCUCAGAACGGUACUCUACCAAACGACCAGCAACAUACCCCGCCCCAAAUACCCUUUCCUCAAUCUCCAUCUCCCAGCAGUCAGCAAACCCAGACACCACUCGCCAGUAAAUCACCACAACCCGAACCUGUUUCUCAAGCCCUAAUUCUAGACCCCUCCCUCAUGCUCCCUUUCUCCCUGCCCACAAGCACAGACAUGCUCAUCACCUACGGCGCGGGGAUAGGCGGAACCAACCGCGAGAGAGCCAGGAAAUAUAUCCCGACCGUGCCGACGGAGGUGUUGGGGAGGUUGGGCGUCGAUAGUGCGAAUCAUGAAUCAUAG